GAAAAAAAGUGAGGUCAAGUGACAUGUUUUCAAGAGGAGACACGCUCAAUAUCUGAUGUGUAUUUUGCUUCAUGGGAGCUCACGACCAGUUCCAUCUGACUUCUGUUUGUUCUCGUUAACAUUCGAAAAGUGUGGCAAAGCAUACCCAGGGAAACCUUUAGCUUGUGCUGAAUCAGAGCCCCACGCUUCAAUUUUUCCCUGAAAAAGUCCGACGAGGAAAAAUACUUUUGUGCAAUCGGGAACAUUUCUCAGAUUCACUUGUUUUAGCCUUUGGUGAAAUUGUCAUACCAUUUCUAUAAUGGAAACCUUCUUGACUGGAGCUGGUAACAACGACGACUUGUUUUCAAACCAGAAUGGGUGCUCUUACUCUAAGCUUCCGCGUUUUGUUCAUGGCAAAAAAGUGAAUAACAAUGAGAGCUUCACUUCGGUUGAGGAAGACAGUUCAGACAUUCUGGUGUCGGAAGGGGACGGCAGUGGUUCCGAAAUGGACAUAACCGAGGAUUAUCCGAGCGAAACACGAGCGAUUACGAGAAAAGAUUCGACAUUCUGUGUUCCAUUGAUUCGUGUCGAAGACUGGAGCUUUUCAGAAAGUGAUAUGGAAGAUGACUUGGAAGACUCCUUGCCACCAUUUAGCUUUGUCGGAACUAAGGAAAAGAGUUCUACAGAAUUUGGAAAGUGUCGAAGCAGAUCUCGCUCCAUCUAAGGAGAAGCAGUAACCAUCAACAACAGCGAGUGUUGGACUUAAAACGAACUCAAUAUACUACUUAUGAAAACGAAAUUGUUUGUUUGUAUCAUACAGUUCAGUAGUAAUAAAAAACACUUCUUUUGUUGGGAAUAGGGCCAUGCCCUUAUAUUCCUUAAAAGCCUAGAACCUAUCCCGUCUCAGGUAAUUGAAAAAAAAACUGCAUUUCGUGUCGUAUGGUUCAAUUGUAUAACUGAACACUGGGUCGAGGGUAUUGAGACGCGCAGUGGACUAGACAGGGGUCUGUGUUCAACUUCGUUUGAGAGUGCAUGAUUCAACAAUGAAAGGGUCAACUUCUUUCUUUACCUCGCUAUUGUAAUCAGUACUUGUGUUCUAUGAUUAGUCAAACUGAAUGAAUAUGUUCCAUUUUAUUCUAAAUUAAUCUAACGCAGUAGUUUAUGGAGAGCGUCAGUUUAAAUAACUAAUAUCUCUUUUUCGGCUAAAACUGAUUAAACUUUGAGAUAAAAUAGCUUAACAUACCAGCUGAAACAAAACAACAGAAAAUGUUUUCUUAGAGGGAAACAUCUGGUCACUUAAAACAUUGUCUAUCGCGCACAGGUUAUUGCU